AUGCUUCCCGUACAUAUGACUGGUGUAUCUGCCUUUUAUAUACAUCCUUUUUAUUUUUGUGAUUUUUUAGCAAGUAAAUCUUUCAUUAGUAGAUUACUUUGUUGUUAUGUUUUUGGGAUUAAUUGGUAUUCUUUAAUGUUUUGUUUCUUUGAUAUGGGAGGGGUGUAUAUAUUAAUGCAUUUGAUAAGUGGUGGUCUUAAUCCUAAGGUCAUUUUGAAUGCGGAAAUUGAAUAG